AUGGAGGCUCCUGUGUGUCUGAUUGAAAACCUUCAAGAUGGAAGAUUUAAGGUCAACGAUGAAGCCGUAGAUAUCUUGUCUAAGAUCAAUCAGCCAUUGGUUGUGGUGGCCACUGUUGGAAUGUACCGUACUGGAAAGUCUUAUAUGAUGAACAAGUUGGCUGGCUUUCAGAAAGGUUUCGAGCUGGGUGCCGCUGUGCAAGCAAAGACCAAAGGUAUCUGGAUGUGGUGUGUCCCCCAUCCCACUAUGAAAGACCACGCAUUGGUCCUGCUGGACACAGAAGGUCUGGGUGAUGUCCAAAAAGGAGACAAGAAAAAUGACAUAAAGAUAUUUUGUCUGUCUGUCUUGCUGAGCAGCAUGCUGGUCUACAACAGCAGAGGAACCAUCGAUGAAGAUGCACUUGAGAAGCUGCGUUUUGUGGGGGAGCUGGCUGAGCUGAUUAAGGUAAAAUCUAAGGAUGAUGAGGAUAACGAGGAUAACGAGGGUCAGUUUUCUAGACACUUUCCUGCAUUAAUCUGGAUGGUGAGAGAUUUCACCUUGAUGCUGGAGUUGGAUGGAAAGGAGAUCACAGAGGAUGAGUACCUGGAGAAUGCCCUGCUACCUCAGAAAUGCGAGAGAACAGAAGAGACCUCAAAGAUACAAGAGCGCAAUCGCUGCCGAGAUGCUAUCCGGAUGUAUUUUGACUCCCGCAAAUGUUUUGUGUUGGACCCUCCUUCUGGAGAUAAAAAGGUUCUUCAGAGGAUGGAUGAGGUGCCAGAGGAAAAGCUGUCUCCUUACUUUGUGGAUCAAUGUCAGAAAUUCCAAGAAUACAUUUACAAAAAUGCUAAAGUUAAACACAUAGAUGACAUCAAACCAGUGUCUGGAGAAAUACUGAGACAGCUAGUGUAUAAAUACACAGAGGCUACCACGUCUUCCAGCGUUGUGUAUAUGGAGGAUGUAGUGAUGAGUAUAUCUAAGAUGGAGAAUGAAGUGGCUGUCCAGGAGGCAACUGAGCACUAUGAGAAGAUGAUGAAAGAGAGAGGACGAUUCCCCACAGAGACUCUUGAGGAGUUUAUGGAGCUGAGUGCUCAGUGUGAGGAAGAAGCUCUUCAGAAAUUCAUGAACAAGUCCUUCCGAGACUCUGAACUUCUUUUCCAUAAACAGUUUAUGCGGAAUAUAGAGGAGAAAAAGAAGAAAUUUUCCAGGAUGAAUGAAACGGCAUCUCUCAAGUACUGUAAACAGCUAAUCAAGAAGCAUUCUAGAGACCUCGAGGACGCCUUGCAACACAAACUGUACUCCAAACCAGGCGGAUACCAGAAGUUUCAGGAGGAUAUGGCACUAAUAGUAAAGGGAUACAACAGUGAACCGAGAAAAGGUGUAGAGAUCCAAUGUGGCUCCUACUGA